AUGUCAACUAAAGACGGCCAACAGCAGCAGCAGCAGCAGGAAGAUCCCGGGGAAGAGGUUUCAGAGCCUAAAGUGUGGGAUAAAUUAGCAAUAAUGGUGUUUGGUCUUAAGUGUCUGUUAUGGCUUGCUCUGUGGGGACUCUUCGUAGAGAUGCAAUUUGGUGCCAUCUUUGUUUUGUUAUCGGCCUUUAUUUUUCUCUACAAAAGCUUGAGCAAUAGAAAAAGGAAGAAAAACCAACUAAGUGCCUAUUCCGUGUUUAACCCAAACUGUGAGAGGCUUGAUGGAACAUUUACUGCAGAGCAAUUCGAGCAGGAGCUACGCUAUGGUCCGGGUGCUGUCAGGUGA